AUGUCGCCCCCACUGCCUGUGCCGUCAAAGGCUGCGAUCCACGCCCUCCGCGGGAUCGCUCUCGGCACCUCCUGUGCGAUAGGCGUCAUCGUCGAAGACCGAAGGCGACGAAUCUGCACACUGCGAACCGCUAUUGCGAAUAAACAAAAGCUCAAGUCGUCGCGACAGUAUCAUGGCACCUUGGAAUCCGUUACACUGCAGCAACUGGACGAUCCAACCAUACUCGGCGGUGACGACUUGCACUGGCAUCAGAGACAAGAAAGGAUCAGCCAUCGUCGCGAGUCCCAGGCCGCGAGCCCUCCUUCUCGAUCCAACCGAGGCCAAGCGGUUCGUCCACUUGAUCAUGAUCACCCGGAGCCUGCGAAACGUCCAGAGCCAAAAGAUGUACCCGAACUCCCUGCGCAGAAACCCGAUCCACCACCGCCAUCCCAGAGAACCAAACCUUCUACUUCUUCUCGGCUGGCGGUGCCGCCACCGUUGCCUUCCGUUCCAACGACUGCCAAGAUUCCAAAUAUCAGCGCUGGCGCAUCGUGGCACUCGACAGGACCAUCCACACCGCGACGGCGACCGAAAACUGUCGAAGCAUUGAUAGCAGAGAUCGCUGGAAUACUGGACAGCAAUGACGAGCAGAGGCUGGAUCGAGCUCUUACCCUGUUUCUCGGCGCGUCUCGCACAAAUCUCUUCGCACGGCCUACGGAGGAUUGGCUUGAACUCUCAGCCAGGCUCUCGAAAGAAUGCCAAGCAAAGGACAGAUGGGAGACCGCGAGUAGCAUACUGGCUGCUGCUGUCAGUGCUGGUGCCCUUCAGGAAACACAGUACUACGCCCAUGACCCUAUACCGAUCAUCAAUCACUGCCUUCGACAAGCAGAUCCAGAGACUCCUUGCUCUCGGGAAGCCGUCACACUCGCUGCGAAGCUGUUCCUAGCAACGUUUAGAGAAAAACCCCAAUUACAUGUCGAUCAGAUCGAACAUCUCGGACGGCGAUUGAUAACACAGGCUCUAUUGGUCCGGGAAGCCGGGGUCGCUCACAAUGCUUACUGGAGAGUACUGGGACUCCUCGACGACGACACAGUAGGAUUCACUGGGUGGGCUAUUCAAGAGCUCUUUCGGUUCCAAGAUCACAAGAACGUGAUCAAGUUCUUUCUCCUGAACUUCUCAAAGACGACACCAGACGUGACAUCUUUGAACAUGACCCUGCCUCUUGUGGUUGAGUCUGUCGAGGCUCUGAAAGGUUGGAAAGCGAGUCAGGUGUUACGUGCCUAUGCACGGGUGGAAUACGGCGGGUUGAGAACUGCGUUGAUCAUGAAGCUCUUGCAGGCCCACUGGCGUCGUCACGAAAACUUCGCAAUGUCACAGUCACUCUUCGAAGAAGCCGUAUCGCUCGGACUACUAGACAGGAUCGACUACCCGCAGGAAUUCUACCGUGUCAUGGUCGACAUCUCUGUCAAGGCAAAUGAGACAGUUAUGGCGCGAUCUUAUUAUGAAGAGCUCAUUCAUAAAUACCCUAGAUCGAGGUACGACGGCGCCGCGCUUGAAUCUCUUGCUUUAAUCCAAGCCAAGGCCGGCGAUUGGGACGGGGUAUCUGAAAGCCUGAUGCAUCUAAAUCUUCAAAGUCGCGACGAGCAGUGCACCAAGGUAUUCGUCAUGGUUUUGAAGUUUUUUGCGGACAAUCACUCGGUUGCCGACGUUCGAGAUUUCGUGCACGUGUGUACGAGCGAGCGUGGUAUACCGAUGCAUCGCUACAUUGUCUCCCUGGUUGCAAGAAAAUACGGCGAUUGCCAUGACAUACCUGGGUUCAUAUCUUGGCUGGAAUAUUGCGGCAAGGCAGGAUUUGCUUUGGAUUCGAGUUUCUGCAACUCCAUCUUACAAGUGUGUCGCUCGAGAUGGAACCUUUCAUUCGACGAGCUGAGCGCACUCUUGUCGAAGAUGCGUCUGCUAAGUCCGGGGUGCUCCGACGCUGUUACACAGAGGAUCAUGAGCCAAGCAGCGAUCAAGGAAGGCCGAUCGACGGCUGGAUGGACUGGAGGUCACCGUGUCCGCUCUCGAGUCACCUCUGUCAACAGGCUAUCAUACCUGGGGAGGUCCACAGACCAGCGAGAUGUUUACGAGGCCAUGAAUCAAGAGCUGAGCAGCGGGAAUCCUACAGGCGCAAUUUUGAUAUACAAGCGAGCGAUUCGGUUCGCUAUGCCGUUCUCCAGCCAUUGUCUUCGUUUGGCAGUGUCGGCAGCUUUGCGGCGGCCCGGAAGCGGCUCUGGCUCUGCUCUUACGCUCAUCCAUAGCGCACAUCAGCAGGGUCACGAUGUCGGUCCGGCAGUCUCGGCUCUCAUACGAGCCCGGAUUGACCAGCUCCAGGCUCGAGCAGAGGAGGUGAUCCUUCACAUGCAGAACUUGAUUACUCGGUUCGAAGCACUGCAAAUCGUCAUCGAUCCAGCGGUAUUGACUCACAUGGCGUUUGUCUGCGUCAAACUAGGCCAGCAGGAUAAAGCAGUUGCAUUGUGCACGCUUGCAAGAGACCGGAUCGGAUCGACAAACCUUUGCUUCUCAAAGCAGAGCUUUCGCACCCUGGCCAUGGCCUACUCGCAAACACUUGACACCGCGGGAAUGAAGAAGCUCAUUGAAGAUCUCCUCGUGAGUGACUUGUCGUCUGACAAGACGGUGCUGUCACAUUUGCGAUCAGUUUCGCGGCAGGUGCACAAGCUAGACCAUAACAACACCGUCGUGGCGAUGCUGAAUAUCAUUCAGCGCGGCAUUAACAAGGUGAAACAAUUACGCGCCGCUACUCGCGAAGGAGGGAAGAUCAUCUCCGAGGAGACCCUGCGGAUCAUGGGUGAUGCGCUCGCUGAGAUGCAAGCCAACCAGUCAACGCAUCGACGGAACAGUACCAAGGGCGAAGAGCCACCCGAAGCCGUGGUAUCGAAUGAUGCCCCUAGGCCUCUGGUCGCCGUUGCUUAG